GUUGCUUUGUACUGGUUUUGGAGCAUUUGACCAAAAGCAAAGUACACUGGAAAGUUGAUUGCAAACCUGGUUCAGAGGUCAGAGAGCUCCUGUCAAACUGAAGGAUUGACUGCUUCCUCACUUUGUCCUGGUUGAUCAAUAAUUUGUGGAGGGUUUUCAUCUAGAAGAACUAAAUUGUUAAAAAUGGUGGACUACUACCAGGUAUUGGGAGUACAUAAAAGUGCCUCCCAGGAAGAAAUUAAAAAAGCAUAUCGCAAGCUGGCAUUGAAAUGGCACCCUGAUAAGAAUCCUGAUAACAAAGAAGAGGCAGAGACUAAAUUUAAACAACUUGCAGAAGCUUAUGAAGUUCUUUCUGAUUCCUCAAAACGCAAUAUCUAUGACCGAUAUGGUAAAGAAGGCUUGACUAAUGUUGGUGGAGGUGGUCAGUUUGGAGAAGGCUUUGACUUCGGCUUCACGUUCCGUAAUCCUGAAGAUGUUUUCAGGGAGUUCUUUGGAGGAAGGGAUCCUUUUGCUGACUUCUUCAUGGAUGAUCCCUUUGAUGAUUUCUUUGGAAAUCGACGUGGUAGACGAGGGGUUGAAAGAAGCAGGGGUGGCGGAGGAUCUUUCUUUUCUCCUUUUGGGGGAUUUCCUGCAUUUGAUUCUGGUUUUACUUCAUUCAGUUCAUUUGGUAAUCUUGGAACAGCAUCGUUCUCAUCCUCCUCAUUUGGUGGUGGUGGUGGAAUGGGCAACUUCCGAUCAGUAUCAACAUCUACCAAGUUUGUAAAUGGCAGGAAAAUCACCACUAAGAGGAUUGUAGAAAAUGGCCAAGAAAGAGUGGAAGUAGAGGAAGAUGGUCAAUUAAAAUCUUUAACAAUAAAUGGAGUUGAAGAUGAACAUGCCUUAGCAACAGAGCUUAGACAACGAGGACAGCAGGCCCUACCUGGACAUGCAGCUCACACACGUUCUUCACGGCAGCACUCCACUUCCUUCCCGAGAUAUGAUUACCAGUAUAAUGUUGACGAGGAAGAGGAAGUCGGAUCACCAGCUAUGGUCUACAGUGUCCCUGACGAGGGACCCAUUUCCAGUCCAGCAGGUCAAAAAGAAGGAGGAAAGCGGAGGAAACAACGGCACAGGGAAGAACUGAAGAAGAAAAAGACAACAAAAAUGAAGCAUUAAUUGUAAGGUGCAGUGGGUGACCUUUGAACUCCAGUAUACAGUUAUUUUUCAUGUUAAUUGAUAUAGCUUUAUAGAAUGUGAAUUAAACAUGACACAGCAUGUGAGUGUUUUCUAUUUUUGUGAAUUAUUUUUAAUUGCUUCACAAAAUAAGAGAUUGAUGAGAAAGGAUAGAUUCUGUAAUUUAGUAAUUGAUGCUUGUGAAGCCAGAUCAUGGAAUCACUUCUGUAUUAACCAAAAGUCUGACAGGUCUCAGUGGGGACAAAUCUGUUUCGUAGUAACUUGACUUAGUGAUAUUUCCAUGAGUAUUUAGUACAAGCAGCAACAAUUUGCAUUUAUGUAGCACGCAAACCUUAGAAAGGCCUCCCCGAGGCUUCACAGAGCUGCAAGGCAAAAUAAAUGCAAAAUGAAAAAGCACAGAUUAAAGUGGGCAGGCUGGAUGAAAAUCUUACAUCUGGAUUUUAGCACUGUAUUUAAAAUGAAAAUGCAUAAAUAUGAGAAAUUCCUUCAGCAAGACCCCGACCCCCCUCGCCCCUCGUCCUCCAAACCCUUCACAGUCCCAUUUCUGCCUCUUACCCCAAGGUCCAUCCAUUUCAGAACAAGGUAGCAAAGCAGUGGCAGAGAGCUACAGGGGUGGUAUUAGAGCAAAAAGACCGUGGCAGCUGAAGGCAUAGUUGCCAUAUACGGAUGAAGGGAAGAAGGAUUUAGAGUAGGCACAUCAGAAGGUGGAAAUUUAAACCCUGAAUUUUGUUCCCAGGUUGGGUGCACAGAGGUGGAUUACAUCCUGGCUCCAUGCACCCAGUCUUUAAAGUGAGUUGCCCACACACCCCCCAUUCAGUCCAGGACUGAGUUAGAUAUUGUGCCAGGUAACCCAGGAGGAGCUAAAGUGGACUGUACAGAAUGCUGCCUCAUUGCCAGCUGUGUUCAAAAAUACCUUCAGCCUUUGUGUUCCACUGCUCCAUCUCAAGAAGAAUGUUCCAUCCUUGCCAACUCAUGCCACCCAGGGCCCUCUUACCCAUUCACCAUGGCAUCUCAUACACCUGUGCUACACUGUACCCUCUAUGACCUCUUACACUCCCAAUGCCAACUUAAUUACUACUUCCACACACUAUCUCCCCCUUCAGCUACUGUACAUUUCUACAGGUGCAACAGUCCCGGGAUCCCAAAGAGAACUUUGCCAGAGAGUACUGAAUUUACAUCCGUAGUCUUUUUUGCUUGUUACAGGCCUCCUUUAAAAACACAUUUCGGAAUUAAAAGUUGAAAAUGUCAUGAUACUUUGUAACCAUGAUCCAUUGUCACGGCAGUUCGCAAGGCCACAAAAAAAAACAACCUGAGUCUUUAUAUGUAGAGGCAUAGAAUUGAAAAGCAGAGAAGUUAUGCUAAAUGUAUUAAAUCUUGGUGAGACCAGUUGGUGUGCUGUCUGUGGCUCUUAGGAAAGGAUGGGCAAGCUGUCUUUUGUCUUGAAAGAAGAAAGCUGAGAUUGACCUCAUGGCGGUCUUUCAAAUGAUGCAAGCUUCAGAUAGAAUAGGUACUGUCAGAACAUUACUGCUUGUGGGAAAGAGCAUGAGGAGGAGAGGCCAUCAGUCACAGAGAAACCCAAUACAGAAUCCAGAAAAGAUUUCUUUGACCAGAGUUUGAUGAGGAUGUGAAACUCACUAUCAUUGGGAGUGUCGAAAUAAUGUCAGUACUUGUAAGGGGAAGCGAGACAACCACAUGUGGGAGAAGGGAAUAGAGGUUUAUUUAGUUGAGGAAUGAAGGAAGAGGUUAGGAGAAUGGAUGGACUGUGUUUGUGAACAUGGAGAGGUUAGGCUGAAUUACUGGUCCCUGCUGUAUAUAUGCCCCACAUGACCCUGUAAAACCUUUGUAUUUCGUCACUUAUCAGAAUGACAUUAUUGAUUAGAGCAGUCAGUUGUGAUAGUAAGAAUAGCGCACAUUUAUAGUUUAACAGCAACAGGGAUGUAUUGGUACAAAUAUAAUUUUCCCUUUAGCACAUUGAUACCACAAAUACCAAUAUAGAAGAUUCUUUAGACUUAACUUUGGUAGAUAGAUACUUGAAACACAAAUGGAAGGCUAAGAACUUUCCAGCAUGCAACUGUAACCAUUCCGAACAGCUCAUGAAACAUGUUGCCCCAUUCACCAAUACAAAGGAAACUUGCAACAAUAUGCCCAGCUCCAGUUUGAUCACCUGAAUCUAAAAUUAUAAUUCUUGCUUUAAAUCAUCUACAAGAAAGAAGGUACCAAUGCAUUUUUUAAAAUGUUUUCAUACAAAUUGUUAGAAAUUGUAUCUGAUAUUCCUCAUAAGAAGAUGAGCCUUGGAAUGACCUGGUCUUCUUCCUCAAAAGAGAUCGACCAUAUCCUGAGUCCAAGCAAUAUCUCCAGUGGCUGAGCAAUUAGACCUUCACCGUAACCAUGACCUGAUAAAGAUGGAACACAAAAAUUGACCAACUGGAAGGAUAAACCAGUAAAGCUUGCGAAUGAUGCAUACUGGUUGUGUAUAUUCAGAACAGUGCCACAGUAUGACCAGUUAAGUUCAUUUCCAAUUAUUACUGUUUAUUUACUGAUUUUUCCCUCUGGGAAGACUUUGACCUGCCGGACAGAGGUUGUCCAGACAGGAUCGGGUGGGAAUAGGUUCCAACUUAAUUCAACCAUAAUGUUUGGGUUUGAGUUAACAACAUUCACAUAUCCCCAUAGGCAGGUUUCCAGGCACCAGAGGUGGAAGGGGAAGGUCCUAAAAAUCAUUUUCCUGCUGCCUUGUCAACUGCCCUCAGCCAGGCUGAAACUUUAUAGUGUGUGGACAAGGCCUAUGGCCCCCAUUGAGGCCCUUAGGUGGCAAUUAUUGGCCAUUUAUCUGACCUUUCUAAUAGUGUCCUGGGAAAUGCUUAUCCUUCCACUACUCACUAAAGACAACGUUCAUCUGGUUAUUAUCACAUUGAUGUUUAUAUUGCUGUGUACAAAUUGUCUUCUACAUCUACAAUACAACAGUGGCUACAUAUCAAACGUACUUUAUUGACCAUGACACACGUUGAGACACCCUGAUCUCAUGAGAGGCGUUAUAUUUAUUUCUUUCAAACUUGAGUACUCCUGAUAUCAGGUUCUUACACAACAAAGGAUGCCUGCUUUGAUGACGAAUUGGGAGACAUAAUGAAGGAACUGUAUGCAUCUCAGCGUAAGUCACUGCUUUCUUGAUAGGGAGCUGUAGAAGACAGUUGAAAAUAUAUGAGAAAGGAGCCUUUGUCUCAAGAUUAGUUUAUUACUCUAAACUAGAUUGGACUUAUACUCUAGACUUAAUUCAUAGUUUUACAACAUAUCCCAAAAUUAAAUGUCUGCUUGGAUGGGCUGUAAUUUUGUGCUGCUGUGUAACAUCUCAUGUUGAAGGAAGGUUCAGGAAAACAGUGGCAAGUAGCGAGGCAAUUACACAAUUUAGUGCAAUCUUUGAUAUUUCAGUGAGUCCAGGGAUAAUUUCCAAAAGGAAAUUAAUGACUCAGGCCAGAAUUCCAAGUGCAUUGCAUUUAGUUCCCAUUUAAGGUGUUAAAAAAAACAGCAAAUGCUCUCCACCAAGUUGUUUAACACACUUUGAAAUAUUGAGUCAUGAUCGCAGCACCAGAUCUUAUGAUAAUGUGACAUGCUGCAUAUAAAACAUUCAACAGCACAGCACAGGAACAGGUUCUUUGGCCCACUAUGCCUGCAAUGACCAUUUAUGCCAUUCUAAACUUAUCCCAUCUGCCUGCACACAGUCCAUAUCCCACUAUUCCCUGCCUGUUCGCAUGUCUGUCUGAAUGUCUCUUAAAUGUUGCUAAUCGUAUCUACAUCUAUCAUCUCCUGUGGCAGCGCGUUCCAGGCACUUAUCACCCUCUGUGUAAAAAACUUGCCUCUCACAUCUCCAUUAAACUUUCCCCCUCUCAACUUAAACCUAUGCCCCCCAAUAUUUGAUAUUUCCAUCCUGGGAAAGGGACUCUGACUAUCCAUCCUAUCCAUGCUUCUCAUAAUUUUAUAUACUUAUAUCAAGUCACCCCUCAGCCCCUGAUGCUUUAGCAAGUUGGAUUGAAGUUUGGCCAACUUCUCCUUCUAGGUGAUACACUCCAAUCCAGGCAACAUCCUGGUAAACCUCUUUUGCACCCUUUCCAAAGCCUCCACAUUCCUUCUUAUAGUGUGGCAACCAGAACUGCACACAAUACUCCAAAUGUGGCCUAACUAAAGUUUCUACAGUUACAACAUGACUUGCUAACAUUUAUACUCAAUGCCCUGACUAGUGAAGAAUUUCUUCAGUCUUCUGUGAACAGUACAUACUUGGGUAAUUUUCCACCUUGUAAGGUUGAUGCACAUUUUUCACAUCUCAAUGUUUAAUAUCCUAUGAUAGCAUGCUGAUUAGUGUGUCUGUUCAAAAUAUGUCUGUGUGCAGUUUGAAUUAUCUUCAUUACCAUCCUAGUAUAGAGUAACUUUUUGCUGGAAAGUCUUAUGUGAAAAGACUAAACAAUACACUAACUCACAACGAUACAUCACAGUCUGCCAUGUAAUUCGCUUUCGGCUUUCCUUCUUCUUAGCCAGUCCUUUGAGGCCAAGGAUGACUACCAAAUUGUGAACUGCAUCAAACUUUGGGUUUUCUGGCCUAAUCUACCUGUGUCUUUAUUUUAACAUCAGAAAUUAUUUUUUAUGCCCUGGGCAUGCAUUAAUUUCAAAUGAUGAGUCUGUUCCUUUUGCGAGUCUCACCCUGUCUGAAAUAUUGGUAUUAGAGGGUUGGUGGUGGUGAGGAAAUAUCAAGGAUUGUGGGAUGGCAAUGACUCAGUAGCUUGUACAAUGUUUAAGAAUGGAGGACUGAGGUAGGCACAUGUUUCCAUGUGUUUUCAGGGGAAGAUCUUUCCUCCUCUGAUUAGGUAAUUUCAUGAAAUACUGCAUUCUUUCCAAUAUGUAACGGCACCAAAAUGCCCUUCUCAAAUACUUCGGUAGAAAUUUUCUGAUGUAAUGACAGCGAGUAACUGUGCUUCAAACAGAAGGUAAUAAUAUAUCUGUGGACGUGAAUAUCUGUUGAACUGUGAAGGCAAAAUAAUGUGCUUUGGCUCUAUAACUGACAGCAAUAUCUGCAUUUAAUUGUAGCUUCUGGAAUUCCCAAUUUUAAUUGCCCAUUAUUAGUCACGGUAACUUGAGUUGUCCAGACUUUAAUCUCUGAAAUUCCCUCUUUAAACCUCUCUGCCUCUGUACUGGGUUCUCCUUUAAGGCAUUCCUUGAAACCUAUUUCUUUCAGCAAGAUUUUAGUCAUGUGUUCUAAAAUGUCCUUACACUGUUUGGUAUCAUGUUUUGUUUGAUAACACUCCCACAAAGCACCUUAGGAUGUUUCACUAGGUGCUAUAUAACUGCAAGUUGUUUUGUAUUUACAUGUCAAUUGUAGCAUGUAAACAGUUUGACUUCACAUUUACACCACAAUUAAAGUGUAAAUUGCAUCUGAA